AUGAAGUUCAUCCUCCUCUGGGCUCUCUUGAACCUGCCAGGUGCUUUGGCCUUCAAUCCAGAUUCCAGAAAUGGCCACCAGCCUCCUCCCUAUUUGGUCUACCUGAAAUCCGAUUACCUGCCCUGUACUGGAGCCCUGGUCCACCCUCUCUGGGUCAUCACAGCAGCUCACUGCAACCUGCCGAAGCUUAAGGUGGUCUUGGGGGCAACAAAUCCGGGAGACCCCAAUGAAAAGCACGUGCAAGUGGUUAAUUAUGAGAAGGUGAUCCGCCACCCAUACUUCACAGUCACCUCCAUUGAGUAUGACCUCAUGUUGAUCAAACUGGAGAGGGAAGUUCACCUCAAUGACUACGUGCAGCUGGUCAGCCUGCCCCACCACGACGUCCCUGAACACACCACAUGUACUGUCUCCACCUGGGCCUACAGCCUGCAUAGUAUUGCCAGAGACCCCGACUCAAUGCAGAAGGUGAACAUCAAUCUGGUCCCCCAGGGGCAGUGCCAGGACACCUAUAGGACCCACCACAUCCAGGACAGCAUGCUGUGCCUGGGCAUCGUGCCUGGAAGGAGGCUGCCCUGCAAGGAAGUCACAGCUGCCCCAGCCGUGUGCAACGGGACGCUCCACGGAAUCCUGGCUUUUGCAGAUGGGUGUGUGCUGAGGGCAGAUGUUGGCAUCUACACCAGAAUCUUUAGCUACAUGACCUGGAUUCAACAUGUAAUCCAAAACUCCUGA